AUGCGACCCCCAUCAACCCUUUAUAUGAUUUUUACAUUUGAUCCCCCUGACCAGUUUGAUUUUACAUUUGAUCCCCCUGACCAGUUUGAUUUUACAUUUGACCCCCCUGACCAGUUUGAUGUUACAUGUGAUCCCCCUGACCAGUUUGAUUUUACAUUUGAUCCUCCUGACCAGUUUGAUUUUACAUUUGAUCCGCCUGACAAGUUUGAUUUUACAUGUGAUCCUCCUGACCAGUUUGAUUUUACAUUUGAUCCCCCUGACCAGUUUGAUUUUACAUUUGACCCCCCUGACCAGUUUGAUGUUACAUGUGAUCCUCCUGACCAGUUUGAUUUUGCAUUUGAUCCCCCUGACCAGUUUGAUGUUACAUGUGAUCCUCCUGACCAGUUUGAUUUUGCAUUUGAUCCCCCUGACCAGUUUGAUUUUACAUUUGAUCCCCCUGACCAGUUUGAUGUUACAUGUGAUCCUCCUGACCAGUUUGAUUUUGCAUUUGAUCCCCCUGACCAGUUUGAUGUUACAUGUGAUCCCCCUGACCAGUUUGAUUUUACAUUUGAUCCUCCUGACCAGUUUGAUUUUACAUUUGAUCCACCUGACAAGUUUGAUUUUACAUUUGAUCCGCCUGACCAGUCUGAUUUUACAUGUGAUGACCCUGACCAGUUUGAUUUUACAUUUGAUCCCCCUGACCAGUUUGAUGUUACAUGUGAUCCUCCUGACCAGUUUGAUUUUACAUUUGAUCCCCCUGACCAGUUUGAUGUUACAUGUGAUCCUCCUGACCAGUUUGAUUUUACAUUUGAUCCCCCUGACCAGUUUGAUUUUACAUUUGAUCCCCCUGACCAGUUUGAUUUUACAUUUGAUCCCCCUGACCAGUUUGAUGUUACAUGUGAUGACCCUGACCAGUUUGAUUUUACAUUUGAUCCCCCUGACCAGUUUGAUUUUACAUUUGAUCCCCCUGACCAGUUUGAUUUUACAUUUGAUCCUCCUGACCAGUUUGAUUUUACAUUUGAUCCUCCUGACCAGUUUGAUUCUACAUUUGAUCCGCCUGACCAGUUUGAUUUUACAUUUGAUCCCCCUGACCAGUUUGAUUUUACAUUUGAUCCCCCUGACCAGUUUGAUGUUACAUGUGAUGACCCUGACCAGUCUGAUUUUACAUGUGAUGACCCUGAUCAGUUUGAUUUUACACUUGAUCCCCCUGACAAGUUUGAUGUUACAUGUGAUCCUCCUGACCAGUUUGAUUUUACAUUUGAUCCCCCUGACCAGUUUGAUGUUACAUGUGAUGACCCUGACCAGUCUGAUUUUACAUGUGAUGACCCUGAUCAGUUUGAUUUUACACUUGAUCCCCCUGACCAGUUUGAUGAUGCUUGUACCUUGAAAUGUGUGGUCCAAAUCACAUUUAGAAAAAUACAUUUUUAA